GGCACAUGUGCGCGGUCCCGCGUCCGCUCCGGUGAACCCGCCUUCAGUGGACGCGCCUUCUCCCUGCCCAUCAGCCGGGAUCCCCGCUCUCCUCCUCACACCGCCGGGCCAACACGGGAGCAGCAUCCGGGAAGGAAGAGACGCGCUCACCCUCCUGGGUCAUGGAGAAGGGCGGCCGCUGGCCAAACACCUGAGCGGGAGCGGCUGUCUCCAGCUGCCAGAAUAAGACGCAGCUGAGGCCGGGAGCGGGGCCUCUGCGUUACAUGGAGGGCGUCCAUCACUGAAGAAGCAGCUCUCCGCACACCCCACCAUGCAUCUGCACCAAGUGCUCACCGGAGCCGUCAACCCCGGGGACAACUGCUACUCAGUGGGCAGCGUCAGUGACGUCCCCUUCACGGCCUAUGGAUCCGGCUGUGAUAUUGUUAUACUAUCACAUGACUUUGAGUGUGUUCAGAUUAUUCCUGGUGCUAAACAUGGAAAUAUCCAAGUCAGUUGUGUGGAGUGUUCACAACAGCAAGGCCGGAUUGCUGCUUCUUAUGGAAACACAGUUUGCAUUUUCGAACCACUUGCUACAACUAACUCUUACAAAAGAAAUAGUCAACUUAAAUAUCAGUGGAUUCGGAUGGGUCAGUUUUUCCUCAAUUCUGUGACCUACAAUUUGGCUUGGGACCCUCAAGGUAACAGACUGCUGACAGCCACUAAUUACUUACAAUUAUGGGCACCACCCUCCAGUGAUAUUCUAGAAGAGGAUGAGGAAGAUCUUGACAGAGAUGUCAUGGAGGAUAAAGUUCAGCCUGCCUUGAACGACUGGAACUGUAUCUGGCAAUGCAAAACUGCAGUGCCCGUACUUUUGAUGAAAUGGUCCCCGGAUGGCGAAUACUUUGCAACUGCAGGAAAGGAGGACUGUCUUCUGAAGGUCUGGUACCCAUUGACAGGGUGGAAAUCCUCUUUUUUACCUCAUGAAGUUCAAGAGAAAAAGGGGAGCCCCAUUGAUGUCAACUUUUCAUUUGUGUACCUAGCCCACCCCCGAGCAGUGAUUGGUUUUUCAUGGAGGAACACAAGCAGGUUUAUGCCCAGGGGAUCUGUGUGCAAUGUGCUACUUACAUCCUGUCAAGAUGGCAUUUGUCGCCUCUGGGCUGAGACACUUUUGCCAGAGGAUAGCCUUCUCGGGGGCCAAAUAGUCAAUUAUGACAGCUCCAGCAGCAGUUUGUCAAAUGCAGGGAAGCGGAAGGACAAGAUUGAACAUGCUCUUGAGACAAUUCAUCACUUGAAACACUUGAGAAGAGGCAGAAGACGCUCUUCUGUUCUGGCUGCUCACACCGAAUUGCUACCAAGUCAGCCAAGCCAGCAGGAAGCCCACAGGCACAUCUCGCAUCACGCUAAUUCUUUGUGUCAUUUUCACAUAGCAGCAAGCAUAAAUCCAAACACUGAUAUUCCUUCUGUUUUGGCUGGAGCAGCUUUUAACCUGGAUGAAGGUUAUGGAGGUUUUGUGGUCCAUUGGCUUAACAACAAGGAAUUGCACUUUACAGCUUCCAUUGAAAUCUUUAUACAGCAUCUGAAAGCCAUUGUGGACCAGCAGACGGAGAAUGCUGAAGAUGAAGAGGAUGCAGAUGGCUUAUUAAUGAAACUAGAUGAUGGGGAGCUGGAGGGUGAAAGGUCUUUGACUGGAUCUCCUGAGCAUGAAGAAGUGGAUAAGGAUUCGAGUACAAAAGCAUCUUCACCUGGUGCUACCCUUCCUCUACCCACUGUGUUAUUAGAGCGGAAAAUUGAAUCCCUCCUCGCAGAGUGGAACAAGAAUGCGGACAUGCUCUUCACUAUUCACCCUGUGGAUGGUACUUUUCUACUGUGGCAUGUUAACUAUUUGGAUGAAUACAAUCAUGGAAUCUUCAGACAAGUUCAGAUAGCCUUCUCUUCUCGGAUACCAGUUGCUUUUCCAUCAGGAGAUGCUAGCUCGCUAAGCAAAAACAUAAUGAUGUAUGCGUGUACUACCUCCUCCAAGGAAGAUGCUUCUGCCCUUCUGCAGCAAGCGAUGAUGGCAAGUGACCUAUCUGUAAAUCCUUUGAAUGCGCUUCCAAAUGGAACCAGUAUGGCGCCAACGGUCCUGAUGGUUUCCAAACAUAUUGAUGGGUCAUUGAAUCAAUGGGCUGUGACCUUUGCAAAUAAGUCUGCCUUUUCUUCAGUGCUCACAGUGUCACACAAGUUUCGCUAUUGCGGCCACCGAUUCCACUUGAAUGAUUUGGCCUGCCAUUCUGUACUCCCUUUGCUGUUGACGUCCUCUCACCAUAAUGUGCUGGUGACUCCAGACUCUGAGUGCAAUCCAUGGGAGACAGAACAAGUAGUGGAUCCUGCGAGGAAUUUAAAAGGGUUCCCCAAGCAACAUUUUAGAAACGCAGCUACUCAGACGUUUCAUGACCCAAAUGCAAUUUACAGUGAACUUAUAUUAUGGCGAGUUGAUCCAAUUGGGCCCUUAUCAUACAGUGGGGGAGUUUCUGAACUGGCCCGCAUUAACUCUCUUCGUACUUCUGCCUUUUGUAAUGUGGCAUGGCUUCCAACACUUAUACCAAGUUAUUGUUUAGGCACGUAUUGUAAUUCUGCCAGUGCCUGCUUUGUGGCCUCUGAUGGGACAAGCCUGAGGCUGUAUCAGGCAGUAGUCGAUGCACGAAAGUUACUUGAUGAACUCUCAGACCCUGAAUCAUCUAAAUUAAUCGGUGAAGUGUUUAACAUUGUCAGCCAGCAGUCUACAGCACGCCCUGGCUGCAUCAUUGAGCUUGAUGCAAUAACUAGCAAGUGUGGCUCACGGACUCAGCUACUUCACGUGUUCCAAGAAGACUUCAUUUUGGGAUACAAGCAACACAAAGAUGAAAUAAAAGCAAAGGAACCUGAGGUUUUCUUUCAGCCGUCGCAAGGUUACCGACCACCUCCCUUUUCUGAAAAAUUUUUCCUCGUUGUGAUUGAAAAAGAUAGUAAAAACCAUUCGGUUCUAAAUAUGUGGCAUCUUCAUUUGAAGUCAGUGCAAGCAUGUGUUGCAAAGCCUGCAGACCCAACUCCGUCAGAAAACUUUCUAACAAUUCCUGGGCAAGUCGUGGUUGAGUCUUCUCCAGAAACAUCUCCUGGCACAAGCCCCAUGACCCGCUCUGCAUCAAUUGCUAAUCUUCAGACAGCCAGUAAAUUGAUUCUGAGCUCCAAACUAGUAUACAGCCAACCACUGGACAUCCCAGAUGGUGUAGAAGUAAUAAGAGCGACGCCUUCGGCAGGCCAUCUUAGUUCUUCAUCUAUUUACCCAGUGUGCCUUGCACCAUACCUAGUGGUAACUACAUGCUCUGACAACAAAGUGCGAUUCUGGAGGUGCAGUGUGCAAACCAUGCAAGAUCUGGACGGAAGUGAAGACCAGCAUAGCUAUUACUGGAAGGAAUGGUCUUUAAUGAAUGAAGGACGGGAUGAGAGUAGUAGUUCAGUGAGUGUAGCAGGAAAACCAGUUGCAGUAAGUUGUUCCUACACUGGAAGACUUGCGGUGGCAUAUAAGCAGGCCAUUCAGCAUAAUGGCUUUGUCUCCAAAGAAUUUUCUAUGCACGUAUGUCUCUUUGAAUGUGAAUCCACUGGUGGAUCAGAAUGGGUUUUAGAACAAACUAUACAUCUGGAUGACUUAAUUAGAGUUGGCACCAUGCUUGACGCUCAUGUGAGCGUGGAUAGUAAUUUAUUUGUAUACUCUAAAUCUGAUGUGUUUCUUAAUAGAGACAAGCAUCUCAUGCCGAACAUUAAACAUUUGGUGCAUUUGGACUGGGUAUCAAAAGAAGAUGGCUCACAUAUACUUACUGUUGGAGUUGGGUCCAAUAUUUUUAUGUAUGGACGAUUAUCGGGCAUUGUUACUGAUCAGACCAAUAGCAAGGAUGGCAUUGCUGUCAUCACUUUACCACUAGGUGGUAGUAUAAAACAGGGCAUAAAAUCCAAAUGGGUCCUGCUGCGAUCAAUUGAUCUGGUAUCGUCAGUUGAUGGUACUCCUUCACUACCAGUAUCUUUGUCUUGGGUUAGAGAUGGCAUAUUAGUAGUUGGGAUGGAUUGUGAAAUGCAUGUCUAUGCUCAGUGGAAACAUAAUGUGAAGUUAGGUGACGCUGACAACUCGGCCUCUGAAGGUAAUACAGAACCGUCAGAACAAAUGCAUACUAUUUCUAAGAAAACCAGCGUCAUUGAUGGAGCAGCUAUUGUCGAUGACGUCUUUGGCAGCCCAACUGUUAUUCAAGAUGGUGGCCUUUUUGAGGCUGCCCACGUACUUUCUCCAACUCUUCCUCAGUAUCACCCAACUCAGCUGCUUGAACUCAUGGACUUGGGAAAAGUUAGACGAGCAAAAGCCAUCCUUUCACAUUUAGUUAAGUGUAUUGCAGGGGAGGUUGCAGUUGUAAAGGAUUUAGAUACUGGAGAUGAGGCUGCUCCAAAACGCCACCUCUCACGGACUAUAAGCGUAAGUGGCAGCACAGCCAAGGACAUGAUAAUCACUGGAAAGGAUGGUACUCGGGAAUAUACGGAGAUUGACUCCAUUCCUCCACUACCACUUUAUGCACUGCUGUCUGCCGAUCAAGAUGCAGCGUACACUGCGCCGGAAGAAUCUGUGACAAAAUCCCAAACCUCAAAACGUAGCUUUGAUAAAAAAACAGAUGACCAGUAUUCUGAUUUGUUCCAAGUACAAAAUGUGACCACAGACGAUUUUAUAGGCUUUGAAACUGAAAAAAGAGAAAGCAGAUCCAAAGUUAUCAAUCUCUCUCAGUACGGGCCUACCUACUUUGGCCGUGAACACGCCAGUGUACUUUCAAGCCAUCUUAUGCAUUCCAGUUUACCUGGCCUGACCCGGUUAGAACAGAUGUUUCUAGUGGCUCUAGCGGGCACAGUGGCAACAACCAGCACGGAGCUCGGGGAAAGCAGAGAUAACAGCUACACAGGAGGAGAUAACCUUGAUGAAUGUGGCUUGAGGUACUUGUUGGCUAUGAGGUUGCACACAUGUCUAUUAACAUCCCUUCCUCCGUUGUAUCGUCUUCAGCUACUCCACCAAGGGUUGUCCACGUGUCAUUUUGCAUGGGCCUUUCACUCAGAGGCUGAGGAAGAAUUAAUCAACAUGGCCCCAGCGAUUCAGAGGGGCGAUCCACAGUGGUCUGAACUGAGAGCAAUGGGCAUUGGUUGGUGGGUGCGGAACAUAAACACUCUCCGCAGAUGCAUAGAAAAGGUUGCUAAAGCGUCAUUUCAGAGAAACAGUGAUCCCUUAGAUGCUGCAAUUUUCUACCUAGCAAUGAAGAAGAAGGCAGUUCUCUGGGGUUUAUUCAGAUCACAGCACGAUGAGAAAAUGACAACAUUCUUCAGCCAUAAUUUUAAGGAGGAUCGAUGGAGAAAAGCAGCCCUAAAGAAUGCAUUCUCCUUGCUUGGCAAGCAGCGCUUUGAGCAGUCUGCAGCUUUCUUUUUACUGGCUGGUUCAUUGAAGGAUGCUAUUGAGGUCUGUCUGGAAAAAAUGGAAGACAUUCAACUGGCAUUGGUUAUUGCUCGGUUGUACGAGUCAGAAUUUGACACCUAUUCUACAUAUGAGUCUCUCCUCUACGAAAGAGUAUUGGGAUGUCAGAAAGACGGGACAGGGUUCUGCUGUUCAAAGCUGCAUCCUGACCCUUUCCUUCGGAGUAUUGCCUACUGGAUAAUAAAGGACUACACCAAAGCAUUGGAUACUUUAUUAGAACAAACUCCAAAGGAAGAUGAUGAAAUCCCUGUUCUAGUCAAGUCGUGCAACCCUGUGGUGUUUAGUUUUUACAACUUUCUUCGCACUCACCCUCUUCUGAUCCGCCGUCGUGUCACUGUUCCAGAAGCCACUCUUGCUACUGUUAGUUCAAAAACAGAUAAAAACCACAUGGAUGAAAUAAAUCUUAUAGAAAGGAAAUUAUUUUUUACCACCGCAAAUGCUCACUUCAAAGUAGGAUGUCCAGUUCUUGCUUUAGAAGUUUUGUCUAAGAUUCCCAAGCUUAGCAAGUCAAUGUUUAAUAAUGAAGAUCUCCUAAGUGUGGGAUCUGUUGGGCCGGACAGUUUCCAUUCUAUAGGAAAAAGUCACUUGGAGGAAGGGAGUGAGUCUGACUGGUUCUCCCUGGCACCAUCAUCAGCCAAACCAUCAAUGUUUGAAGACUCUGUAAAUAAUUUUGACUGGGGCUCUCCUCUUAUUAAAAUUGAGGAUGAGCCACUUCAGCUGGAUUGGGAAGAGAAUAAGGAGAGUGACACAGGGGAUGAUGAUGGUUUGGUGUUAAAAAGUUUAAAUCUGGAGCAAAAAGAUCAAAGCCUAAAAGAUGUCAGUUCUGAAACACCAACCAUAGACAACUCCGUGCCAGCCGGGAAUGAAGUUGACGUCAUUGCAGAACAGCUUAAAUUCAGAGCUUGCUUGAAGAUUCUUAUGACGGAACUGAGGACUUUGGCCACAGGGCAUGAAGUAGAUGGUGGAAAACUGAGGUUCCAGCUGUAUAACUGGCUGGAAAAAGAGAUAGCUGCCAUGCACAAAAUAUUCAACCAUGAAACUGAAAGCAAAGACUUCACAAUUGAAACUCCUCCGCCCGUGGAUAUGUUGGACGGCCAUGAAUUUCCAGAUAAAUCAGAUAUAGGAUCCUAUGAACGGCAUCAAAUUGAACGCCGCAGGUUACAAGCGAAGCGGGAGCAUGCUGAAAAACGCAAAUGGUGGUUGCAAAAGAACCAAGCUCUUCUCCGAGUGUUCCUGAGCUACUGCAGUUUGCAUGGUGCUCAGGGUGGUGGCUUGGCCUCUGUAAGGAUGGAGCUGAAGUUUUUAUUACAAGAGUCUCAGCAGGAAACAACAGUCAAGCAACUUCAGUCUCCACUUCCCCUGCCUACAACACUUCCAUUACUGUCUGCAAGCAUUGCUGUUACGAAGACCGUGAUUGCUAAUCCUGUGCUUUACCUUAAUAAUCACAUCCAUGACAUUCUCUAUACCAUUGUUCAGAUGAAGAAUCCUCCACACCCAGGCAACCAGGAUCCAAAGGUAUACACCCUUCAUUUGUUGGCAGCCUCACUUUCUGCAUCCAUCUACCAAGCACUGUGUGACAGCCACAGCUACAGCAGUCAAACAGAUGCAAAUCAUUUCACAGGAAUGGUUUACCAAGGCCUCCUCCUGAGUGAACGUAGGAGACUUCGGACGGAAAGUAUUGAAGAACACGUGACUCCAAAUUCACCACCUGCCACAUGGCCAGGCGUUAGCUCUCUAAUAAAUCUACUAAAUACGGCUCAGGAUGAGGACCAGCCUAAACUCAAUGUGCUGCUGUGUGAAGCAGUUGUAGCAGUCUACGUGAGCCUGCUGAUUCACGCCCUGGCCACUGACUCUAGCACUGAACUGUUCCGUCUUGCUGCUCAUCCCCUGAACAACCGGAUGUGGGCAGCAGUUUUUGGAGGUGGCGUAAAGCUUGUAGUAAAACCAAGAAAACCGCCAGAGAGCAUUCCAGGUAGAACCAAGAGCUUUGAUCUGCAAAAACCACAAUGUGCUCUGCUAUUGCCAAAUGAGGAGCAACCUACAGCAGAAUCUUCUAUAUCUAACACUAAAAACCUUGCUCCUGUCAUUGAUAGAGGGCAGGAGUCGGCAGUGUGUGCGAUUCCUGCUCUGUCUGAAGAAAUAGACAAGCAUCGCCGGCGCUUCAAUAUGAGAAUGCUGGUGCCUGGAAGACCAGUAAAGGAUGUUGCUGCCCCACCACCAGUCCCUGCUGAGAGACCAACCUACAAAGAGAAGUUUAUUCCCCCAGAGCUAAGCAUGUGGGACUAUUUUGUGGCCAAACCCUUCCUUCCUCUGUCGGACAGUGGGGUCAUUUAUGACUCGGAUGAAAGCAUUCCAAGCGAUGAAGAUGAGGAUGAUGAGGAUGCAUUCCUUUCUGAUACACAAAUACAAGAGCAUAUAAAUUCCAGUUCUUACAGCUGGACACUCAUCCGUUUGGCAUUGGUAAAACUUGCGAUCCAAAAUCUUAAGAAUUUUUUCCCGAUUGCUGGACUAGAACUCACAGAUCUUCCGGUAACAUCUCCACUUGGCAUUGGAGUUGUCAAAAACCUAGAAAACUGGGAGCAAAUUCUUCAUGAAACAAUGGACCAGUUUGGGGGCCCACCACCAAAUUAUAUUAACACUAUUCCUAGUGAACUGACCGUAGGGACUGGACCUGCCAUUCUGCGUCACAAGGCAAUGCUGGAUCCUGAAAAUACACCAUUCAAAUCCAAAGAUUACACCGCCCUUCCUGUCAAGCGCCUGUGGCAUUACCUUGUGAAGCAAGAACUUCUCCAGGAAACGUUUAUUAGAUACAUCUUUACCAAGAAAAGAAAACAGAGUGAGUCUGUAGAAGACAGUGCGGAGCGUUUCAGAGUAGACUCCAUAGCAGAUCUUCAGAAAAACCAGGUUGAAGCUGAUCUUGGUUAUCCAGGUGGGAAAGCAAAAAUAAUUCACAAGGAGUCUGAUAUAAUAAUGGCUUUUGCGAUUAAUAAGGCUAAUAGCAAUGAAAUUGUUCUAGCUUCUACACAUGAUGUGCAAGAGCUGGACGUGUCAAGCCUUUUGGCUGCUCAGCCUUAUAUAUGGAUUGGAGAGGAAUAUGACAGAGAAUCUAAAAGUUCUGAUGACCUUGAUUUCAGAGGGUCUACUACAGCCAUUCACCAGUCAGGUGUGGCUCCCUUUCACCUGGGACAGAUACAGUCGUCUUCAUCCAUGCCAUGGCUGGGGAGUGGCCAGACGAGCACUGGAGCUGGCAUUCUGAUAAAAAGGAAUCUAAAUAAUGUUAAAAGAAUGGCGUCACACCCAGUCCACCAGUGCUAUCUUACUGGAGCUCAGGAUGGCAGCGUCCGUAUGUUUGAGUGGAGUCGGCCUCAACAGCUUAUUUGUUUCCGCCAAGCUGGAAAUGCCCGGGUUACAAGAUUGUACUUUAAUUCCCAGGGCAAUAAGUGUGGUGUUGCUGAUGGAGAAGGAUUCUUGAGCAUUUGGCAAGUUAAUCAGACAGUUUCCAAUCCAAAACCUUAUUUGAGUUGGCAGUGUCAUACUAAAACCACAAGUGACUUUGCAUUUAUUACCUCGUCAAGCUUGAUUGCUACAUCAGGACAAUCCAAUGAUAAUAGAAAUGUUUGUCUCUGGGACACAUUGAUAUCACCAAGUAACAGUCUUGUUCAUGCUUUCAACUGCCAUGAUAAUGGUGCCACAGUUCUCCAAUAUGCUCCAAAACAACAGCUCUUGAUUACUGGUGGCCGGAAAGGAUACGUCUGUAUCUUUGACAUUAGACAAAGGCAAAUUCUUCAUACCUUCCAGGCCCACGACUCUGCAGUGAAGGCUCUUGCCAUGGAUAGUUCUGAAGAAUGUUUUGUCACUGGCUCAGCAGAAGGAAAUAUGAAGGUAUGGAAGUUAACAGGCUAUGGUCUAAUUCAUUCUUUUAAGAACGAGCAUGCAAAGCAGUCGAUAUUUCGGAAUAUUGGUGCGGGUGUCAUGCAGAUUGAAGUGGGAGAGAAAAAGCGUAUCUUCUCCUGUGGAGCAGAUGGCACGCUGAAAAUGAGGAUGUUGCCUACUGCCUUGAGGACCCAGGCGGGCAUUUUCGAUAUUCUCUAGAGACUUCAACUUUUAGGCUUUGUCUCCACCUCCAGAUGUUGAUCCACAGAUGCAAAAUGUGUAGGAAGAUUUAGAAACUGGGGAGUUAGAAGCUGCUUAGGAAAGAUACAUCAAAGGGUAUUCACAUUAGAGCCAGGUUUUAUGCUGCUGAACCAAGUGGAUAUGCAUGCCUGCCAUAUAGAUCUGUCAAACUGAACACAUGAAGGUUUUCCUGGUGAGCCUAGGGCACGUGUGGAAGUAUCGCUGAACAUUUUAGCAUCAUUCUGACUUCUCGUGGGAUGCUAUAAUUUAGUUUUGAGGUAGAUGAGAACACCAUAAAUUGCUAUAAAAUCUUUACGGAGAUUGAUUUUAAGAGGGAUGAGCAAAGAACCAAAAGGGAUGCAGUGGUCUUUGUAGUUUACAUGAUUUUAGUCAUACAUGCCUGCAAGCAUGUAGCCACUCUACAGUGCAGGCAAAGUACAUGUACACAAACAGUAGGCAGAGCAGAGUCCACCAAAAAGGAAGUCAUUCACUUUGUCCCUGUGGUCACUUUAGAAAGAAAAAUGCUGAAUUUCUUUCCUUUGUUAACUUUUUAAACUGUUUACACAUAUUCCAGACAUUUCCUACCAGACUCUUGUACUUUACAGAAAGCAUGUAUGUGUUUUCCUUAAGUCUUACAUUCUACAUGAAGGUAAUGUAUUUGCUCACCGUCACUUUCAGAUACAACAACCAAGACAACUAGUAAUGACAUUUACGGAAAAAUCAUUCAUAGCUGCCGAAAGGCCCUCAAUCUGUUUUUGAGUGGGUACUCAUUGUUAUCCUUGGUUGGGUAUCUUUUAAUGUUUUGUAUUUUAUUUAUUAAACCUUGUAAUUUGCACAUAAUUUAACUGCUGUUUACCAUAUUCCCUUCCUUGCACAUUACCACGUGUCCGUAGGAAUUGUUGGCUUUAAGUCGUUCUCAUUCAUUGAAACCUAUGUGUUGGUUGUAGUGAACAUGACCAUACUUCUCUGCAUUCAUGCUUAGUCUUUAUUUUUUUCUGCAUUUUUGGAGUUUGUGCACAUAAGUGAUCACACUCGGCUUUAUGCCUAUCCAUCUGGCAGCAUGCAGAACCCACCACAAUCUUGUGAGCACUGCUCUGAUAGAUUUCACAGCAACACAUUUUACAAUGAAUGUCAGGCUUCCUGUGGCCAGAUAGUGACUAGUGGAAAGCGAUAUAAAUUAAAUUAUUACACAGCAUAUGUAUAACUAUGCAGAGUUGAAUAUUGUCGGCUUGUAAAAUACUAAGCAGUGUUGUGUGAUGUACUUUCUCUGUUGUAAUAAGCUACCCCGAACUUACUGUCUGUGUGUACUUUCCUGUCAUCCUCCAAGUUGUCUUAUUAUUUUUACUGCAAUGUGUGUGUGGUACUAUAAAAUAUAAUGACAUGUCAAUCACCUUUCUCUUAUAACUUUGCCUUCCUCGAAGACUAUUUAAAGGUAUACAGUAUGUAUAGAAAGGAAAGAGUCAUUGUUAGUCUACUUUAAUAAAUUAAAUAAACCCCUUUUAUUUCAUGGAAACAUAGUCUGUGACUUACUGCUGAGAUAAUUGUACACAUUUACUUAAAAGAACACUAAAUACUGAAAAUGGACAAAAAUGGCACAGACCCUCCCCCUUCAUCUAUUCCU